ACUUGAGUUAAAGAAGAUGAAACUCUUUGUUUCGGCAGUACCGGACUCGAGCAGUACCAUCAUCGAGGACAUGGUUUCACUUGAGCUAAAGAAGAUGAAUCUCAUUGUUUCGGCAGUACCGGACUCGAGCAGAACCAUCAGCAAGGAAACGGAUUCAGUUAAGUUUGAGGAGACGAAGCUCUUUGAUUCGGCAGUACAGGAAUCUAAAACCAUUUUUGUGAGCCGUAAGGAAGUUCCUUGGUAUUUGGAUGAUGGUACUGCUCGAGUCUAUGUAUUGAAUUACCAAUAUGCCGCAGGAUUUUAUGAUACUUUAAAAACGUACUGCUCUACUGAACCAAUCAUUGCAUACUUUAAAAGCCAUGUUUCUGAUGAAAAAAAUCAAGGUACUUGUCCUGUAGUAAUUCCUUUUUUUUCUUCUCUGGGCUUAAAUAACAAUGUUGGUGUUUCUUUUUAGAUUACUGAUAUUGACUGUAAAAAGUGUUCUCAAGUUCUUGAGAUUGGCACGUAUUUGACUGUUGUUGGUAGGGUAUGUUUUAAACUUUUAAUCUUCAUUUCAUGGUUUCACUUAGUAGCUAGUUGAAAUGUGAAUUUACUACAUCUUACUCUAGGCUGAGAGAGACAAAGAUGGAGCUCCUACGAUAGGAAACGCAUAUCAGUUCUUCAGUGGACAUAGACAACUUAACGAAUUGGUUACGAAUUUGGAAUCAGAAUCAGAGUAAGAAAUAUAUCUUAUUUAUUUUAAUUACUGAAUA